AUGUGCCACACCAGCUGCUCCUCAGGCUGCCAGCCAGCUUGCUGCGUGUCCAGUCCCUGCCAGUCAUCCUGCUAUGUGUCCCAACCCUGCAAGCCGUCCUGCUGUGUGUCCACCCCCUGCCAGUCAUCCUGCUGUGUGUCCAGUCCCUGCCAGUCAUCCUGCUGUGUGCCCAUUCCCUGCCAGUCAUCCUGCUGUGUACCCGCCGUUUGCAUCCCUGUGAGAUUACAGGUGGCCUGCUGCUCUCCUGUGAGCUGUAGACCUACUGUGUGUGUGGCUCCUUCCUGCCAAUCCUCCGUGUGUGUUCCUGGGAGCUGCAAGCCUGCUGUGUGCGUGGUCCCCUCCUGCCAGUCCUCUGGGUGCUGCCUGACGUCCUGCCCCACCCUGGUCUGCAGACCUGCCUCCUGCAGUACCUCCACCUGCUGCUGA